AUGAACCAGAUCGAACGGCUUCCCGCUGCAGUUCCACCAACAAACCCGGUGCAUCCCAACGCAAAGUCAACCACCCACAUGAAUAAUGGGACCACCACGUCCAAGACUAACAUAUCUACGCCGGUGUGUCGAAACUGCAAAACCCAGACCACACCGCUUUGGAGAAGAGACGAAACCGGUCAAGUGUUGUGUAAUGCUUGUGGGUUGUUUCUCAAGUUGCACGGGCGCCCUCGUCCUAUAUCUUUGAAGACAGACACGAUCAAGUCUCGGAACCGGAUAAAACAACCCAACUCGACGAAAUCGUCGGGUCCUAACACCCCAGAACUCAAAUCCAAGGACAGUAAAUUACCCAGUUUGAAUGGCAGUGGCAAGAAGUCACCCAAACCCAAAAAACGCUCGCCCACUCCGGUGAAUGGACAACAAUCCGAUGGUGGAAUGUUGACACCUCUUCUCCCAGCUUCUGGGUCCAAGUCGUUCACGGGUUCCAACGGUGCGUUCAACACUCCUUUGAAUUACAACCAGCACUUGUCGCAACACUUAACUCACCAAGUACAACCCUUACAUUAUCCAUCUUCCACUCCAACGCAGUUUGCUCCAGGAUUGCAAAGAAUAACAUCACCGCUCUUGCUUUCUACUACUUCUUCACUUAGCAAUGCCCGUGAGAAUUCAAAGCCUUCGUCGGCUUCCACAAAUGGUACCUUGAGCGCUGUACAAGCUGCUGGAGCGCUCGAAAACAUGUCUAAUGAACUUGGUCCCAGCGCUUCAUUCCAAAAGACUUCACGGCCCCAUGCAACUGGUUUCUCAUUAAUGAAUAAUGAACGUUACGACUCGUUGAAAAAGGAAUCUCCUCCACUCAUCGCGGCCCUCAGCUCCCAAAACGGCUCUCUGAGCCUUCCUCCAAAACUUCCAUCGAUUGUUUCGAAUAACAACUCGGCCACUCCUGCCAAGACAGUUUCCUCACCUUCGUUCGGUCCUCAGUUUGCUAUGAACAGCCAAAACUCGGCAAACAAGACCCCUCCACACAGCACACCCCUGUCGUCGUUAUCCUCCAAUAUUCACUCCCACAACCACUCGCCAGAGACGUCUCUGACAUCAUUACCACCUCUCCAAAAUCUGGCCAGUUCCAAGCCUUCGCUUCCUCAUUUGCCUAGUAGCUUCAGCUCGCUCGGUCGCCAGGAUGGAAGUUCUUUGCCUGGUAUUAACAGCCUUCGAAACGAAAGUUCGAAUGAAAAAGGAGAUUCUUCAGCAGGAAAACCAAAUAAGUCCAACAGACAAAACGACGAUAAUGGACUGGACGGUAACUCGGGAGAUGAUAAGGACAAGAGGUCGUCUAAUAGCGGAGCCAAUGGCGAAGAUGUCACAUUACUAAAGACCCGUAUUUCCGAAUUGGAGCUUGUCAACGACUUGUACAGAACCAGAAUCAUGGAGUUGGAAGCCAUGGAGCAGGCAGCUCGGUUGAGAGAAAACUCCAUGAAGCGCCGCCUUGAAGAGAUCAUGGGAGCCAGAGAUAAUGAAAGCAAAAGAUCAAAGUUCGCUUAG